GAACACGGGCAUCUUAUUCCUCUUGAAGCGCAAGACCUUUCAGGACCCCGCUUCUUAGACAUCAAUCCGGGUCGGCUUGCUUUGGUUCAGGCCACUCACCGAGAAACCCAGCUGCCUAUCAGCAUAGUUGGUAUCUACCAACACGUCUGGCGCACACACUUGACAUCUUCUCGCAACAGAGAGCUCCGCCAAACCGUAUGGGCCCAGCUUGAAACAGCCCUGCAAAGAGUGCCCAGUCGGCACGCACUGCUGAUCUGCGGUGACUUCAAUUCUACGUUGACUUGUGAGCCACCUCUUGUGGGCAGCGCCAUUCCCAAAAGCUCGUCGCACACGGAAGAUGGCCUGCAGGCCCUCCUGUACAAACACUCACUCUGUGCUCUUAACACAUGGCACUGCAAGCCACACUGCACCUAUCAUUCGUCCACAGGACAGACACAAAUCGACUAUGUGCUUGCGUGCUGCGCCGACACGGGACGCCUUGCCCGCACUGCCUGUCCCGACCACACCUUCCCGGUAGGAGGUGAUAGGCUUAGUGGCCAUUACCCGGUAAGAGUUCACUACCCGCUACGCCCCUUCUCCCGCCGAAAUACUCGCCCCAAGCAGUCACCUGCCUUUGAUGCACAAGCUCUUUGCACUGCAGUCCGCUCCCGGGCCCCGUUGGCUCAGGAGCUGCAGCACCGCAUCAGCCAUCGGCUGCAGGACGUUGACACGUCAGUGCUUUCUUCUGCGCGCCAGCAUGUCAACCGAAUCCUUUUAGAGGAGACCUGCCUGCUGUUUCCGGCCAAAGCUGCACCGGACAAUCGCAUCAGCGCUCAGCCUGCCUUUCGCAUCACUGCUCGUGCUGUUUGGGGUCUCUACCGUGACCUCAAACACUCAGGUGUGUGCACCUUUCGCAACAUCUUCACCAAGUGGCGACUGGCUACCCAGUUUGCCAGAGCCUCAAGGGCGCUCCGCCACAGCAGUCGACAGCUUAAGAAGCAGUUCUUCCUGGAUCAGGUGGAGGCCGCCGAGCAGGCAGCACACCGGGGUGAUCAACGAGGCAGACUUCGUGACGACUCCGGUCGUCUCCUCACCCGUGACGAGGAGCUCGAGGCAAUAGUUAAGUACGGUAAUGCCACCUUUGCUCGGCACUUCGAUGAUCGCCCGAUACUUCCCCUAACUCAGGAUGUCACCAUUCCAGCCGCCGACCUGGCUGCAGAGCUGUCAAAGCUCGGGGUUGCCAAGGCAGUUCCCAAGCACAUUGCUCCAUCAGCAGUCUGGAAGCUUUGUUCAUCAGACCUGGGUGAGGUCUUGAGCCGAACUCUGGCUGCACACCUUCGUCGGGGCACCACCGCCUCCUUGGACACAGACUGGAAGGACUGCAGCGUGGUUUGGAUACCCAAGCCCAAUAAGCCCCCGCAAGGGAUCUCCUCCUUGAGGCCCAUAGGUGGGCCGCUCAUCAGCAGCACCCGCGUCACUCGCUUUCAACAGCAGGCUGGUCACAAGCAGCGCGGCUGCACCGGAGGCGUCAGCCUCUCCUUGGACCUGUCCAAGGCUCUAUCGGAUAUCACGCUUAUCCUUGAGACCCUCGAAUCUCUUCACAUGGUCGUCAACUUUGAGAAGACAGCAAUCCUCCUUCACCUCGUUGGCAAGGAGUCCAAGCAACUUCGACGAGAUCACACCUUUAUGAAGGCAGGGCAACUUCAUCUAAAGCUAUGCGUGCAUGGUCGUGAGCGAGCUAUCCCUAUCCGGGACCAACACGUCUACCUAGGCACGGUCGUAACCUAUCACAAUAAGUUAGAGCGCAACAUGGAGCAUCGCACCAAAGCAGCCCGUGCCAACUACCAGGGCCUCCGCAAGCUGCUGAAUGGAGCUCACACCCUUGAGAAAGGGCACCGCAUACGCCUUUGGAAGGCAUGCCAGCUUGCCGCCUAUGCAAUCGCCAGUUCUUCAGGCGACAGCUUGACUCGCGCGCCGCUCUCGGAGGCACACGUGAAUGCACCGAUCCAGGUCCCACCGACCGCGAUGUACGGGGAUCCGAUGGACGCCUUUGUCCACGAGGAGGCGGAGAUCUUCGCCGGCUUGUGGACCGGGCAGGAGCCUUAUCUGGAGGUCGCUCUCAGAAGCGCCAGACCGCCGCCACCCCGGCCGAUGCACCAUCUCCAGAACCACAUCAACCUGCUAGGCCGUGUCGUGCUGCAGCAAGAAGACAUCAUCAGCCGCCUGCGCAACGACAAGAACUUAAUGUUGUUCAUGCGCAACGAUGCCAACGGCACGCUGGGCACGCUCAUGGAAAUCUCUCGAGAUUGGAAGGCCAAGAAAUCCCUGGAACCGGAUCAGCUCAAGUCGCCACUCCGCACGGUUCUCAUUGCCUGCAUGCUCAGAGAGCUCAUGAAUCUGGCUCAGCAGGCGGUUGCCACGGAGGAAACUCGCAGCAAACAUGUGACCCUGGAGUGGCUCAACUCGGAGGGGAACUGGAAUUACCGGUGCUGGAACACAGCGGAGCGUCGACUGGAGACGGACAAGAAGCGAACGCCCCUGCAGCAUGCGGAGGCGAUGCGUCUUCUCAACUUCCUCUUGAAGUGCAUGUGCGGCGACAUAGUGCAGCGCUUCGCGGCAUCCAAGACCCUCAACUUCCUCGAACAGCAGGGAGCCCAGGCGCAAGAAGUUUACGACGCCCUGGAUCGGUUCACAGGCAGCGCUCUGAUGAACCUCAUCGGAGUCUCGAUGAAGAGGGACACAAUGCCACGCUCCCCCUUGGCGAAGAAGCUUGCAGAGCAGGUCUACCCCAGUCACUCGAGCCAACGCCCCUUUCAGCGGUAG